ACUUGUUAGUUAAUUGAUCGUUAUUAAAAAUAAAAUGGCUACCAAGAGAGAGGUAUGAAUCUUGAGCUCCUCCGCACGUUUGAUCAUAGCUACCCAGAGCACAAUGAUGGUGUGUUGGACUCUGGUAGCGAGGCUGUCAUAGUACAGUUCAAUAGACGGGGGACCAUGUUAGCUGUUGGCUGCAAUGAUGGAAGAAUAGCGCUAUGGGACUUUAUGACAAGAGGGAUAUCCCGCCAAUGCAGCUAUCACAUUCACCCCAUAACCUCACUCAGCUGGAACAGAAGUGGGCGGAGACUCCUCAGCUCAGCGACUGAUUGGAAUGUUGUGUUAUGGGAUGUCAUUAGUGGGGAGGCAGAGCUCUGCCUGAGGUUCCCUUCUCCUGUCAUGAAGGUUCAGUUUAACCCACGGGACAAGAACAUGUUCCUCGUCUGUCCCAUGAAACACGCCCCCACCCUAGUAACGAUUAAGGGGGCGGGGCCAGUGCACACUCCUCUACCGACUGACGGGGAACCAGAGUCUUCAAUGACUGGAUCUUUUGGUCGUCACGGGAAACUGAUAAUACUAGGGACCUCCAAGGGAAUGGUCCUCGUUAUUAAUGUAAAGACUUUGGAUAUUAUUAGAAAGUUUCGUGUCCUCAGUGGAGGGUCCUCUCAUGUAGCUGUCAAAUCAAUUGAAGUUGCCAGACGAGGGAACAACUUUCUAAUUAACGGCUCAGACAGGGUCUUACGAGUCUAUGACCUUGAAAACCUUGACAAGGAGCCUCUGACUGGAGAGGAGGGGGAGGGAGGGAAGGAGGGAGAGAAUGGGAAGGAGAUUGAGGUUGAACCUUUACAACGACUCCAGGAUAACGUGAACAGAAUGCAAUGGAAGAAGUGUUCUUUCUCUGGUGACGGUGAUUACAUUUGUGCUGGUUCUCACAGACAGCAUGAGCUGUACAUUUGGGACAAGGCCACAGGGAACCUUGUUAAGAUGCUGACGGGACCAAAGGGAGAGUCCCUCCUUGACCUUACCUGGCACCCCGUCAGACCAGUUAUACUCUCCGUCUCUAAUGGAGUUGUGAACAUUUGGUCUCACACUCAGACUGAACUGUGGAGUGCUUAUGCUCCUAAUUUUAAAGAGCUUGAUGAGAACGAAGACUACGAGGAAAGGGAGAGUGAGUUUGAUAUUGAAGACGAAGAUAAAUCCGUCAAUAAUGAGGACCCAGCCCAGUCUAAUGGUGUGGAGGAGGUGACAGUGGUGGAUGUUACAGAUUGCCCAGUGAUACCAGCUUUCUGCAGCAGUGAAGAGGAUGAGGAAAGUCCUUUGGAUUGGUUACCUUAUGCUCCUGAGAUUGAGGAACCUGAUGAACCAGGCUGGGGCCAGCUAGAACCAUCCCUUAACGAGUUGCCUAUCAACAAGAGGCGUAGUGAUGAUGAUAAAGAAGAAGGUGUGGUCUUGUCACCAAAGAAACCUCAUACAAUAGAUAUAGACCUGCCAGAACCAGUGAAUGAUAAUAAAGGAGACACUGGAGCAGCUGGUAGUGGUGGAGGAACCAAGAAGAACAAAAAUAAAAAAUAAAUAAAAAUGACAAUGUUCACUGUUUUAUAGUCUCUUUAUGUGAAAUACAUUAAUUAAUUAAUGGAUCACUUUUUGUUUUGUAAAGUACUUUCUGUUUUAGCAGCUGCUAUGACUAUUUGAAUAAAGAAAAUAUUUCAAAACUA